AUGAUCAUGGAUUCUUUGAGUAUUUCUUCAGUUCCAGAACAGACCAGAGAGAACAAUGUGAACAAGAACUUCUUGCUUCCAAGAAAACCUGCAAGACAACCAAAUCCAAUCAUAUAUAGGAAAUCGCGCCGAGGUUCAGCUGCAGGGAGAAUUCCAGAUAAACAAAUUGAGAAGUACCCUACAAAAAAGGAUUUACUGAGAACAAUUGCGUACUUGAGAAAUGGCAGUAUAUAUGAGAUUGAUAAAAAAUUCCUUAACAAUAAAGCCUAUAUUAUUGAUGAGGAAGAUGAAGAAGAGUGGAGCACACAAAGCGACGAGGAAAAAGACCAAAAGGAGCUUGAAAAGUCAAUUCAAAAACCCAACAACAAUGACUCUAAGUACAUACUGACCAAAAUUCGGAAAAAGAAACGCAGCCACAUUGACAAGAAAAACAAGGAAUGUGCAAUGUCUUCUUCCUCUUCCCAUGUGAUAAAAAUCAACGUGGAGGGAGGAUUAACAAAAAAUGAUUCUCACAUAAGUGCUUCCAUGUGCAAGACAUUCUUACAGUUCUGUUCAACAGAGAUAAUUUGUCCACAAGAACAUCGUGCUGCACUAGCAGUGAAGUUGUAUGGAGUUCAAGCAGCACUUUUAUCUGCUUUGGGUAACCCUUUUGAGAACAUAUCCAAAUCCACAAUAAGCUCAACAAACAACUCAAAGACACUAACAUUAAGUCUUUGGCAAGCCUCUAGUGGGCUCUUGCCAGCCAUAUUAUGGAGUGGAAUGUUCGUGGUGAGUUUUGUGUACACAGUAGUGGUGGUUUGGUCUUUGGCUUUCAGAGUGCCUAUCAUCUCUAUGCUGUGCAUCGCUCUUCUCUACUGUUUAUCUUUGUUGGCUGCUGCAGCAUCAGGGUUUGAUGUCACAUGUGGCAUUUUUAGAAUGAGUGGCAUCUUGUUUGCAUGUUUAGGGUUUCUUGGUUUUGCUUUGCUCCUUCUUGUUCUUCUCUUGCUGGUGCUUUUUGCUUCCUGGAGAUGCACAAAACAAGAUGGAAGAGCCAAGUGA